AUGCCAUUACUAUUUAAAGGUUUCAAUCGUAUGGCGAAACCAUUUGCUGUUACUGCGCAAUUUUCUGCCAAGCAUCCAAUACAUGUCAUUUUAUCUGUUUUAUUUAUUACUACUGUUGCAUAUUUAUCAGUUAUCCAAUAUUAUGUCAGUGGAUUCCAAUUUUCAACUUCAUUGGAAAAUAAAGUCUCUGAUCUAACCGAUUAUGAAUUUUCAAAUGUUUUUCAAAGUUGUACUCAUUUUUAUAAAGAUUCUCCAAAGGCUAAAGAAUGGACACAAAUAUCUUUGGCUCAAGCUAGAGAAAACUUCCCUGACUCAAAUCAUUUUUUCUUACAUAAAUUAAGAUUUGACCCUAAGGAUAUCAUUUCCCCAAUUUUACCAACAUUCAAUAAUACAAUCUAUGAUAGUAAUAAUACCAAAUACAUUCUUGAACAAAACCCUGAUGCUAUCGAUGACCAACUCUAUUGUCAUAAAGGCAUUUCUAACGCAACUCAAUGGAGAGAAAUUAAUCAUCAAGGAAGUAAUUGGUUUGAUUUAGCUAGGAUCGUCACUAACCUUUAUGAAUUAGGUACUAAUCAUAUUAAUGAAGCCGAUUCCUUCGACAUUAUUAUUAUUUCUAUGGCUUAUGUGACAAUGGUUUAUACGAUAUUUAAUUUGUUUGUUAAAUUAAAUCAAGAAAGUGAACAAUCAAACUAUUGGUUAGGUAUCUCUACAAUUGUAAACUCUGGUUGUUCAUUGGUACUCUCUUUAUAUGUUACUCAAUGUUAUUUAAAGAGAACAGUUCCUAUUUUGAGUUUAAUCGAAGGUUUGCCAUUUUUAAUUGUUAUAUUAGGCUUCAAGAAUCAAAUAAAAUUGGCCACUAAUGCUUUGAAAAAAAUUGAAAAAAUCAGUAUAUCUAAGAAAAUUACACCAGAUAGAAUAGUUCACGAUGCAAUGCUCGAAGAAGGUGGUCGUUUGGUUCAAGAUAAUUUAUUAUGUUUGAUCGCAUUCAUCGGUUGUUCUAUUUAUGCUAAGAGUUUAUCAAUCUUAAGCAAUUUCUGUAUAUUAUCUGCAAUGAUUUUAAUAUUUGAAGUUUUCUUAACUUGCACUUUCUAUUCUGCUAUAAUUUCCUUAAAAUUAGAAAUUAAAGUAAUUCACAGAUCUACUAUUAUCAAACAAACUUUAGAAGAAGAUGGUGUUAUCCCAAUGACUGCUGAAGCCAUUUCUAACGCCAAAGAAAAUAAAUCUACAAACAAUAUUUGGUUAUUAUCUCCAACCUCCUUAGCAUUUGGUAAAUUGAUAUUAGUGGGUUGCUUCUUAUUUAUUCACAUUUACAACUUUGGAUUAGGUUCUUUCUCUAAUUAUCAAAAUUUUGUUGAUUAUAUCAUGAAUUAUUCAUCAGAUAAUGAUACUAUCAUUUCCCAUCCAAAGGCUUUACCACAGUUUGUUAAGUUAAUCCACAAUUCUGACAAUAGUGAUAAAAGACCAAUCCUUAUUUCAUUAAUUCCAACACAAUAUUAUGAACCAACUAAAAAAAUUCACGAAAUUGAAGAUUUCAUCAUUGAUUUGUUGCAUUAUAUCAGUAAAGCUAUUCGUGAUAGAUUUAUUAGUAAACUGGUAUUUUUCGCUUUAAUAAUUAGUGCAUCUAUUAACAUAUAUUUAUUACAUGCUGCAAGGAUUCAUAUUAAUUAUACUGCCGAUGAUUUAAUUCGCAAGAAGGAUUCUUUACUAAAAAAGAUCAGAGAAGUUCCUUCAUUAGCUGGUCCUUCUUCAAGUAAAAGUACAAAAAAGGAUAAAACUACUAAGAAACAAAAGAAUAACAAGAAUAAGUCACCAGCACCACAAAAAUCUGCUAAUAUGAAUAUUAUCCCAAGUAAUCCUUCUCAGUCCUCGUUCUCCUCAACUACUUCAUCUGAAAAUGAUGAUAAUUCUAAACCUUCUCAUACCGUUGAAGAAAUCGAAGAAAUCUUGAAAACAGGAAGUGAAAUUAAAGAUCUACAAGAUAAAGAUGUUGCUACUUUAGUUGUCAAUAAUAAGUUACCAUUAUAUGCAUUAGAAAAAAAAUUAGGUGAUACAACAAGAGCUGUUCUUGUUCGUAGAAAGGCUUUGGCUGUUCUGGCUGAUUCUCCUGUUCUGUCCACUGAACGUCUACCAUAUAAACAUUAUGAUUAUGAUAGAGUAUUUGGUGCCUGUUGUGAAAAUGUUAUCGGUUACAUGCCUUUACCUGUCGGUGUUAUUGGUCCUUUGGUCAUCGAUGGUGUGCCAUAUCAUAUUCCAAUGGCUACCACCGAAGGUUGUUUGGUCGCCUCCGCUAUGCGUGGUUGUAAAGCUAUCAAUUCUGGUGGUGGUGCAGUUACUGUCUUAACUAAAGACGGUAUGACUCGUGGUCCAUGUGUCCGUUUCCCAUCAUUGGCCAGAUCUGGUGCUUGUAAAAUUUGGUUAGAUUCUGUUGAAGGUCAAGAAAAGAUAAAGAAAGCUUUCAACUCAACUUCGAGAUUUGCUAGAUUACAACAUAUUCAAACUGCUCUUGCCGGUGAUCUGCUUUUCAUUAGAUUCAGAACAACAACCGGUGAUGCCAUGGGUAUGAACAUGAUUUCCAAGGGUGUUGAAUUUUCAUUAAAACAAAUGGUCGAAGAGCUUGGCUGGGAAGAUAUGGAAGUUGUUAGUGUUUCUGGUAAUUACUGUACUGAUAAAAAACCAGCUGCAAUUAAUUGGAUUGAAGGUCGUGGUAAGAGUGUUGUCGCGGAAGCUACUAUCCCUGGUGAAGUUGUAAGAAAUGUCUUAAAGAGUGAUGUUUCCGCCUUAGUUGAGUUGAAUAUUUCAAAGAAUUUAAUUGGUUCUGCAAUGGCUGGUUCUGUUGGUGGGUUUAAUGCCCAUGCUGCUAACUUGUUAACUGCUGUUUAUCUUGCUUUAGGUCAAGAUCCUGCUCAAAAUGUCGAAAGUUCUAAUUGUAUUACUUUAAUGAGAGAAAUUGAUGGUGAUCUAAGAAUAUCUGUUUCUAUGCCGUGUAUCGAAGUUGGUACUAUCGGUGGUGGUACAGUUCUAGAGCCUCAAGGUGCCAUGUUAGAUUUACUAGGUGUUCGUGGGCCUCACCCAACUAGUCCUGGUUCAAAUGCAAGACAAUUAGCAAAAAUCAUUGCAUGUGCUGUUAUGGCUGGAGAAUUAUCUCUAUGUGCUGCUUUAGCUGCUGGUCAUCUUGUUCAAAGUCAUAUGACUCAUAACCGUGCUAAGAAACCUGAAGCAGCUCCAACAACAGCUCCAAUUACAGCCCCAUCCCUUAACUCAUCUACACCAUCCACUUCAAAUGCCCAGAGUACCGAUUCUACACCAGUGAAUGACAUUGAGCGCCUGAAAGAAGGUGCAGUUACUUGUAUUAAAUCCUAG